AUGGCGGGCCCCGGGCGCGGAGACGAAGGUGCCCCGUCCUUGGACAUCAACUGUGUGGUUGACGCGCUCCAGGAGCAGAAAGCAAUGCUCGCCCAGAUCCUCGAAAGGCUACCACCUGCUCGAGGAGACCAGCACGCGAGGUUCGGGCCCCGCAUCAUGGACUCUCACGAGGUUGCUCGAAGCGAGGUGGUGCAGGUGGAGCUUGAAUCGAAGAGCACCUGUGGUUCAGGCGGAGAACAUGCUGCUCUGGCCGACGGCGUGCGGGCGGAGACCCCGCCCCAGAAUCCUGGGCCGCUCCAGGCAAUCGUGUCCACUGGCAUUCGACCCAUCCCGCCACCGUGCACGGGUUGUAAGGCAGAUGCCUUACGAGGCCCCCUUUGGCCCGUUCCGGGGCGCUCCUGGGGUCGAACAGAAAGUCACGCGGGAAGACGCGCCGGGGCGCGGGAGGCACGCUGGGAGCCCCGGGAGAUCGGUGAAUUCGGGGUCUGGGCUCUGUCAUUGCGCAGCACUGGGGACAGGACUACGGAGGACUUGAGGACACUCCAACUCGUGCCUCGCGGCACGGUGGCGGACACAAUGUGGAUGAUUUUUUAA